AUGAGCACCCGUGCGAUUAAUGUUGUGACAAAGCUUGCAAUUCCUUCAGGGUUAUUGCUUACCGCAGUGGAUUAUUCAAUGUACGAUGUGAAGGGUGGGUCUCGUGGAGUUAUAUUCGAUAGGAUUAGUGGUGUGAAAAAGGCAGUUAUUGGUGAAGGUACUCAUUUUUUAGUUCCAUGGUUACAAAAGGCUAUCAUAUACGAUGUGAGGACGAAACCCAAGAGUAUAUCUACGAAUACUGGUACGAAAGAUUUACAGAUGGUGUCAUUGACGUUGAGAUUGCUACAUCGUCCUAAUGUUGUUGAAUUACCAAGGAUAUAUCAGAAUCUUGGGCUAGAUUACGAUGAGAGAGUACUGCCUUCUAUUGGUAAUGAAGUUUUGAAAAGUAUUGUUGCACAAUUUGAUGCUGCGGAAUUAAUUACUCAGAGAGAGAUUGUGUCCCAAAGGAUUCGUAAGGAGAUGUCACAUAGAGCCAAUGAAUUUGGUAUUAAAUUGGAAGAUGUUUCCAUCACACACAUGACAUUUGGUGCCGAAUUUACCAAAGCUGUAGAACAAAAACAGAUAGCUCAACAGGACGCGGAGAGGGCUAGAUUUCUUGUUGAGAAAGCUGAACAAGAGAGACAAGCUUCAGUGAUUAGAGCCGAAGGUGAAGCUGAAAGUGCUGAAUGCAUAUCGAAGGCAUUGAGUAGAGUGGGUGAUGGGUUACUGUUGAUCAGAAGAUUGGAAGCGUCAAAGGAUAUUGCUAGAACGUUAUCCAAAUCUAGUAACAUUACAUAUUUACCUGGAGGUAAAGGAAGAGAAGGUGACGAGAAGACGCCACCCAAUAGUUUACUAUUGAAUAUAGGAAGGUGA